AUGCUGAAACGAAUUGGUUCAAGAAAAUGUCGAAUCUUGCCCGAAGAGAAUGAAGUAUUGAAGACAGGUGAAAAAUUAGCUGAAAUUCCUGUAACACAAUUAGCCACAAUGAAAUUAAUGGUUAAUCAAGUUUAUGAAAAUCAAGGUUUACAUACAACACAAUUAUUAGGUUGUAUUUUGGAUGGUUCAAUGCGUCAUACUCCUGAAGCGAUGAAAUUUGUCGAAACAGCUGCUCAAUUUGGUGUUCAACAAGCAAUCAAACAACGUGAUGCACCUUUUCACGAUUAUAGCCAGGCUGAUGAAAUGAAUCAAGUUCCGAAUUAUUACAAGCAAUUUAAAAAAGAAGCUGUUGGUAAUACUACAAUGACAAUGGAAGAGUUUCGUAAAUUUUGGCAAAAAACCGUUGAAUCUGAUAAAAUAGACGCGGCGUUACAUUUGACCAAGUAUUCGCUACAUUUGAUACAAAUAAUGAUGGAGCCAUAA